AUGAUGAUGAUGAUGUCUGUGAACAGUAGCAAGCAGGCGUUCGCCAUGCCUCAUACGGGUUUACCAGAGUCCAAAUACUCUUUGCAUUCUUCCUCUCCUUCUACUUCUUCGAAUAUGUCCUCCUCAUCAUCCACUUUGGCAUCGAACUCGCCCUCUUCGUCGUCCUGCUCAUCCUCAAGACACAGCAUCAGCAUCAGCGGCAUCAGCAUCAGCGGCGGAAACUCAGAAGCGAUGCGUCGUGCCGGGCUUGCGACCCCACCGAGCAACAUAUUCGGCGGCUUGGAUGAGAGUCUUCUGGCCCGCGCCGAAGCCCUGGCUGCGGUGGAUAUUGUAUCGCAGACAAAAAACCACCAUCAGCACCAGCACCAGCAGCACCAUCACCACCCUCACCACCCUCACCACCCACCGCACCCUCACCAGCCUCACCCACCUCCUCACCACAGCCCGUUCAAACCGGACGCCACCUACCACGCUAUGAACGCUUUGCCGUGCACCUCUUCGGCAUCUUCUUCUUCGUCCACCUCAUCCGUGCCAAUGGGAGGAAGCGGAAACGGGCACCACCACCACCAUCAUCACCAUCAUCAUCUCCACCCGCAGCCGCACCAGGCUCUCGAGGGCGAGCUACUGGAGCAUCUCAGCCCAGGCCUUGCGCUCGCAAGUGCGGCUAUGGACGGCUCGGUGGUGUCCUCUCCGGCUGCCCACAUGGCCGGCGUGAACCCCUCGAUGCACCAAGCAGCGAUCAACAUGGCCGCCGCGGCGGCUGUCCAUGCCCACGCCCAUGCUCACGCCCACGCUCACGCCCACGGGCUUCCGACGCACCACCUGGGCUGCCCUAGCGACAUGGACGCAGAUCCGCGGGACCUCGAAGCAUUCGCCGAGCGCUUCAAGCAAAGGCGAAUUAAGCUCGGGGUGACCCAGGCAGACGUGGGUUCAGCCCUCGCCAACCUGAAGAUCCCUGGCGUGGGAUCCCUCAGCCAGAGCACUAUCUGCCGCUUCGAGUCCCUCACCCUCUCACACAACAACAUGAUCGCGCUCAAGCCCAUCCUGCAGGCCUGGCUCGAAGAGGCCGAGAAGUCGCACCGAGAGAAGCUGAACAAACCAGAGCUGUUUAACGGCGCAGAGAAGAAGCGGAAACGCACCUCCAUCGCGGCGCCAGAGAAGCGCUCACUCGAGGCCUACUUCGCCAUCCAGCCGCGACCAUCGUCCGAAAAAAUCGCCGCCAUCGCUGAGAAGCUGGACCUCAAAAAGAAUGUGGUGCGGGUCUGGUUCUGCAACCAGAGGCAGAAACAAAAACGCAUGAAAUACUCGGCAUGCGUUUAA